CUAACACUCUCUUCAUGUCUGACAUUGAUAAUAACAAAAUUGGCAACAAACAACAAGAUGUUACUAAUCCUUCGCGUAAUAAAAUUAGCGACAACGAACAUGAUGACAAUUUUGAAGACCAGAGCUACACCUGGCUUCCAUCUGGAGAGAUGCUUAAACUCCCUACAAAAAUCUUUAAAGACAAUACACUUCUCCUUGAUGAGAAACAAGACCAGGCUAUUAAAUGUAUUUCUCCAUCUCAUCAAGCUCCUGCCGAACAGAAGGAGGUAUUCGGCCCCACAAAUCUUAAAGAAAUUUUUGAAAAAGAGAAUGCUAAAAACAAACUGGAAACAAUACUUCCCAAUUCGGACAUCGUAAGCAAGGCUUCCCACGCCCUUUUUUUGGAGAAAACAACAGGUUCACGAACGACUACUCCUCGGGAGCAAGACAAAUACAGAAUCGAACUCAAAACCAACAAUAAAGACCCAGGACCUAUGUGGUUUACAAUAUCACAUAGAUACCUGGGAGAAGAUGUUCGGAGAAUCAUGGGUCACCAACAUAAUUCGCAAUGGUUAUUCUCCCCAAUGGUUAUAUCAACCAAAACACCUAAUUCAACCAGUAUCCUAUUUCACUCACAACAAAAACAUAAUGAACUCGGAAUAGAUAGAUGCAUUCCACACGAAGUGGACCAAUAUAUCAGAUUAUGCCAACCCACCAUGAGUAAAGAUGAACAAGGUAAUUGCGAAGACCAUUCGAGACAGAGCAAAAGUAAUACUGAUUUAACCUCGAUGGACAUCAGCCCCAUGGUAUCCCCUGCUAACCAAGAUAAUGGUAUCCAGACCCAUAACAGUCCCCAAGUGGGUGAUCUUACCAGGCAAAUGCUCCCAGAUACACCCAAUAAGGAAUAU